GUCUAGACCAGCCGAUGGGUCUGGAACUUUUUAAUGCCGCAAUAUGAAAUAACAUCAUUACCCUGAUAAGCCUCGGUACACAGGCAUAUAUAGAGGUCAGUCUUUCAAGAUAAUGUUCGCUUGUAUUCAGAUAGCGCUGUAAUUUCUUGGUUUUCGGUUUCAAAAAAAUCAAAAAAUGGAUAUAGGACCACCGGAAUGUCUAAAAACCGCCUUAUCGGUAACGCCGAAGUUGCUGAUGGGCCCAGGACCUUCUACCAGUUCCCCAAGGAUUUUACAAGCUGUACGGCAAAGUGUUUUGGAACAUACAGAUCCGGAUUUGUUUAAGAUAAUGGAUGAUAUCAAAGAAGGCCUCCGGUAUGCCUUCCAAACCAAAAACGUAUUGACAUUAGCGAUAAGUGGGACCGGUCAUUCAGGAAUGGAAGCCGUACUCAGCAAUCUUUUGGAACCGGGAGAGAACGUUUUGAUAGCGAUAACGGGCACAUGGGGUGACAGAGCUGCUGAUAUGGCUCGAAGAUAUGGUGCUAUUGUGAAUACGGUAUCGUCAAAAUUUGGCACCACUUUGAAACUAUCCGAAAUAGAAGAUGCGGUGGCAAGGGUGAGACCGAAAUUAUUUUUUAUUGUCCAAGGUGACAGUUCGACUGGCGUGUUGCAACCAGUUGAUAAUUUGAGCGCUAUAUGUCGAAGAUAUAACUGCCUAUUGGCAGUAGAUGUAGUUGCAUCACUAGGCGCUGUACCAUUCUACAUGGAUAGGUGGGGUAUAGAUGCAGCUUAUGCGGGCUCUCAGAAAGUAUUGGGUGCACCACCAGGUUUGGCACCUAUUUCAUUCAGCCCUAGAGCAAGAGACGUUAUCUUUUCACGAAAAACACCCGCACCAGUUUACUACUGGGAUAUGAAACUUGUGGGUCGACAGUGGAAAUGCUUCGACGAGGAUAGAAUCUAUCAUCAUACGAUCUCGUCCACUCUUCUAUAUGGUCUACGCGAAGGGCUGUCAAUCUUAGCUGACGAAGGUCUAGAACACGCAAUACAAAGGCAUAGAACGUGCGCAAAAAGGUUGUACAACGAACUAGAAAAGAUCGGAUUCGAAUUGUUUGUUGAGAACGAGGAUGACAGGUUGUGUACUGUCACCACCGUUUAUAUCCCCGAUUGGGUGACAUGGGACGACGUUGCUUUGUAUAUGAGAAGGUAUAAGUCGAAAAAUGCUUCCAAAUUAAAAAAAAAAGGAUUUCGAAGCCACUAGAUUUUUGAGUCAUUUUAUAAAAAAUUAUAUUUUAGCUUAACGUAUUUGAAAUUUUAACUUCAGACCGAGACAUGGAAUGGUACGAGGGUAGGUCUGAAUAGUCUCAGAUCUCAACCUGAAGAUGGCAGCACUCGUAAAUAAAAGCUAGUGAAUUUCGUUGUUCAUCUGUUGACAGUUACCAAAAUUUCAGCCAUUUUGAACGUGUAGUAUUUAUGUAACACUCGUUUGAGUGAGUCGAUGCGAGUUUUUUGUGGAAUUGGACAAAAUGGAGUAUCAAGCUGUCAUUAAAUAUUUGUUUUUGAUAGGCAUUACGCCUUCGCAAAUCAAAGAUGAGCUGGAUUCUGUGUAUGGGGACUCUGGACCAACAUUCACCACAGUGAAAUUUUGGGCAGCUGAAUUUAAACGUGGCCGUAAGAGCUUGGGAGACAUUGAACGCUCUGGAAAUAAAAAACUGCAACUAUCGACGAAAACAUCGACAAUUACACCAAAUGGU